GCAGCUGUCUACGGAAAAGUCUCAGCAUCCACAGUUACCAAGUGCCCAGGAUGAAGUCCAUCCAGUUCUGCUUCCUUUUCUGUUGCUGGAGAGCAAUCUGCUGCAGAAGCUGCGAGCUGACCAACAUCACCAUCACGGUGGAGAAAGAGGAAUGUAGCUUCUGCAUAAGCAUCAACACCACGUGGUGUGCAGGCUACUGCUACACCCGGGACUUGGUGUACAAGGACCCAGCGAGACCCAAUAUCCAGAAGGCAUGUACCUUCAAGGAGCUGGUGUACGAGACGGUGAAAGUGCCUGGCUGUGCCCGCCAUGCAGACUCCCUGUACACGUACCCAGUAGCCACUGAAUGUCACUGCGGCAAGUGUGACCGCGACAGCACUGAUUGCACCGUGCGAGGCCUGGGGCCCAGCUACUGCUCCUUCAGUGAAAUCAGAGAAUAAAGAGCAGCAGAUGCUUUGAGCUGCCUACCCUUAAAGGACCAAAACAUCCAAGAUGUCUGCGUGUACAUGCGCCUAGGCUGCAGACCACCACAGAAGACCCUACUGAUCUCUGCUCUCCUGAGAAGGGGAGCUCCAGGAAUGGAGAGGGCUGGGGUCUGGCACCACUCAGACCUGUAUUCUACAUCUGGUUCCAUGAGUCUUACUCACUCUCACUUAACUUACAGACAAGAGGGUGCUUUUCCAUUUAAUAAUCUUAGAAAUCCUCUCAGGCAAUCCCUUCCUCUUAAAGCUAGGGAUACGGUCCCAGGGGAAGGAAGUGAGCUAAAAGUAGGUGAAAGUCCUAAAUGCAGCAUUCUCCUGCCAGACUCAAGAGCCCUCAAGAGAAGGGCCAACCUCUUCUUCAUGAUUGUAGCCUCAAUGCCUAACACUCCACAUAGAAUUUAGUAAGAAACUCAAUAAUGGCUUCCUUAAAGAAAGUAAGAUCAGAAAGUUAGGGAUAGGAGAACACUGAGAGAGGAUGUUAGAGGCUAUCUGAUGAGGCUGCGCUCCACGGAAGGGGGGCAUCAGCUUCAGUUCUGUCUCGGCUCUCCUCCUCUGGCACAUGGAGGAUGGAGACAGGAUAAAACUCUCUGAA